ACACUAGGGAUGCACGAUGAACCGGAAAAGAAGAAAAAGGGUUUAAAACUAACACGAAAAUCAACUAGGAAAAUAAUUGGAAAAUGGCGUAAAUUGAGUUCUGAAGAAGUCGAUAUUACAGUUCCGGAUAUUAUUAACUCCGAUGAUGUGGCAAUAAAACGUGUAUUAGGAUUACCUCUAACAGAAUCUGUAUCCGCUGAUCCAUCAUUGGAUGGAAUUCCAUUACCAUCAUUCUUCCGAUAUGCAAUUGAUUUUGUAGAAGAAAAUGGAUUAUGUACAGAGGGAAUUUAUCGAUUAUCACCACCAAAAAGUAGAUUAGACGAGUUGGAGAGGCGAGCAAAUUGUGGAGAAAAAAUGAUUUUUGCGGAUGCACAUGAUGCAGCUGGACUCAUCAAAAGAUUUCUACGACAAAUCCCGGAGCCCGUUGUACCGAUAGAAUUUGAUUCAAUAGCAGAAUCAUGUAAUUGUGGUCUCGCAACGACAACUCAAUUAACACCGAAACUCGUUUGUAGCUGUGGAGCUUCUCGUCGAAUGAGAGAUGAAUUAAAUCGUUUGACUGUGGAAAGGAAGACACUUUUUGUUUUUGUCUUUUUACAUGCUCAACAUGUUAUGGGACAGGAAAAAGAAAACAAAAUGGGACUUCAAGCACUAGGUCUUUUACUACAAACGAUUCUUGAAAUGUCGCGAAAAAUGGUUUGCUUCUCCGCUCACGCAAUUCGUCCAUUUGAUGGAAUUCCCGUACAAGGAGCAUGCUAUUUGGUGGAUGAGGACGUGAAAAUCAUCAAGUACACUCCACCGUUGGAAGGACGACUCGUCGAGAAGUGGCUCGAAGAGGAUGAACUCAAAACUGCACAGAUCCAUGAAGAACUUACAAAACAACAGUUUUUGUUAGACUUGUUACAUUCAAAGAUAAGUGCACGACAUGAACGAGGCCGAACGACAGCAGAAUUGGACGAACAUGCGUGGCAGGUUCAGAAUAAUAUAACUGCAAUAAAAAGGCGUUUAAAGCAACUAGUAGAUGCAGCUCCACAAGUAGUUUCACUAGAUACAACUGCAGAUAGUAGAUGCAUUGAAAUGUACGAAGAAAAACAGCUGAUGGCAACACAAGGAAUGCUUCGAGAGGAUGUUUCUGCAGAACGUCAACGAGUUGCUGAAUUGUGUUGGAGAUUGCAUAAUUGUAAGCAGUUGGUUAAUGAGAAUGAAGAAGAAAAUACAAACAAGAAGAUUGAUUUUGAAGAAGAACAAGAAUGGACGGAGCGGUGCAAAUUGGAAGAAGCUGCACGAAGUGCCCUGUUAGAAGAGAUUACACGUCUUCGAUCUACUUGUGCUGAUCUUCGAGCUCGUCUGGAAAUGGAGUCACUGAGCAAAGAAGUUAUGAAAUAUGAUUCACUCUAGAUCGAAUGUACUUUUGUAGAAUUGUUCUGUUUUGAUACUUUAUCAAUAUCACAGCAUUCGGUAACGGGGAAUUCGAAUGUGCUUCUUUUUUAUAAUAUAUUUUCACAAAGUACUGUAUUUCUUUCAAAAUUAUUUUUGCAUAUCAAUAGGGCACAUUUGCAGAAUUAAGUGGAAUCAAUCAAUAAUUCUUAGUCUUUUCCUUCCUCAAGUCAAUAAAUGUGCAUAUUUUCCAUAUUCCAUAUCUACCCCUAACUCACACUCCCCUUCUUUUUGACAUUUAUAUUAGCUUUAUCAUUCGUUUUUGUUAACUUUAAUCACAAAAAAUCCGGGCAUAAUUUCUCUUUACCAUCUUCACUUUUCAUGUCAUUUGUUUUCACUUUUUUUGAUAAUUUUUUAUCAUUUGGGUCUUGUUUUUCACAAAAUCAAAACUUUUUCACAACUUCUUUUUCAGUAAUCCCAGUUUUUCUGUACCGAUGUGACCAGAUAUGUAUAAAUUUUAUUGCAUCC